UCCAGGAUGGAGAAGGAAUGAUGGAGCUGAAGAAGGACAUGAAAAGCGAAUUUCAACAUUUUCUUUAGAAACUACAUUAUUUUGAACAGCUUGUGAAAGUGGGAGCUGACAAUACGACAUGCAGUCAUGAAGCGAGUACGUACAGAGCAGUUCCAGUACACGGUUGCUCAGUACCUCAAGCGUCGGCAGUAUGUAGACUCAGAAGGUCCUCUGAAGGGGCCGAAAUUGUCUCAGACUGUAGAGGAGAUGGCAGCUAACCUCACAGUUCAAACAGAGUCAGGUUGUACCAAUUUUGUGUCUGCUGCCCCUUGUCAGGCAGACUCACAGCAGUAUGAAAUACAGUUUGGACAACUGCGAACUUUUCUGACUGAUACAGAUGUGCAGUGGAGCUGGGAAGUGACCUCGGUGCUGUACCCCCUAUUCGUCUACCUCCACCUUGACAUGGUCCACUGUGGUCUAAAAAGCUCGGUGGACAGCUUUUAUAGCCGCUUCCAUAACAUGUUCCUGCAGGACACUGACCAGAAGGACAUUAUAGAACAGUUACGAACUACCCUGACAGUCCAGGAUAUCUCAUCUAAUCCAAAACUUAGAGCCUUCCUUGACAAUAAGUAUGUUGUCCACCUCACUGAUGAGGCCUACAACUACCUCCUCCGCUACCUCCAGAGUGAGAACAACACCGCUCUCUGUAGGGUGCUAGCCUCCCACAUCCAAGUGGAGGUUACUUCUGCCCAGCAGACUGUCUAUCAGUUGUAUGGUAGCGGCCCCAGCGGUGUGGGGGUUUUUUCACGAGGAGAAGCCAGCAAUAAUAUGGAGCCUGGGGAUGUGCCUGCUAGCAUCCUGCAGAACGAAGCCGCCCGCAACUCGUUACAAGAGUGUAUCAAACGUGUGAAGGACGGGCCGCCGUCACUCAGCACGGUCUGCUUCUAUGCAUUUCACAACACCGACCAACUGCUCAAUUCCGCUGAGAUCUCCGCCAACAGCAAGCUGUUAGCUGCCGGCUUCGACAACUCCUGCGUCAAGUUGUGGAGCCUGCGUGCCCGGAAGCUCAAGGCAGAGCCCCACCAGGUGGACGUCUCAAGAAUCAAUUUGGCGUGUGACGUCAUUGAGGAUGAGAGUGAAGAUGAAGACAGUGCUGGUACUGAAAUGAAAACCCUAAGAGGACACUGUGGGCCGGUGUACAGUACUACAUUCCUUACAGACAGCUCAGGACUCCUCUCCUGUUCUGAGGACACAACAAUCAGAUACUGGAACCUCGGCAGUUUUACUAACACUGCUUUGUACCAGGGACAUGCGUACCCGGUGUGGGACAUUGACAUUAGCCCGUGCAGCCUUUAUUUUGCUAGUGGGUCGCAUGACAGGACUGCUAGGCUUUGGACGUUUAGUCGGACAUACCCAUUGCGGCUGUAUGUGGGUCACUUGGCAGAUGUAGACUGUGUCAAGUUCCAUCCCAACUCAAAUUAUAUUGCCACAGGGUCCACUGACAAAACUGUCCGGCUGUGGAGUACACAGCAAGGGAAUUCCGUAAGACUGUUCACUGGCCACCGUGGCCCUGUUUUAUCACUGGCCUUUGCACCCAAUGGGAAGUACCUGGCAUCAGCAGGGGAAGACCAGAGGCUAAAACUCUGGGACUUGGCAUCGGGUACAUUAUUUAAAGACUUGAGGGGGCAUACCAGCAACAUCACAAGCCUCUCCUUCAGUCCCGACAGUAGCUUGAUCGCCUCGGCCUCCAUGGACAAUUCUGUCAGGGUUUGGGAUAUCCGAAACACAUACUGCAAUGCACCUGCUGACGGCUCCUCCAGUGAGCUAGUUGGCGUUUAUACGGGACAAACUAAUAAUGUAUUGAGCGUGCAGUUUAUGGCCUGCAACUUACUACUAGUGACUGGAACAGCACAGGAAAACGAAGAAUAUUAGUCUAGGGUAGAAAGAUACUGGUGUCCUAAGUGGUCUAGGACAGAUAAUAUUUAUUCAUGUGGGGGUUUGCCAGACCUGGUAGGGGAAAGUUAGAAAACGGCAAAUGGAGCAUGUUUCAUGGAGGCUUGACAGAAACCUAUUACAUUUUAAGGUGGAAUUUUGUGAGACGAACAAGCUCAGCUUGUUUGAUGUAGAACAGGAACAGGUUAUAGUCUGUUUGUGAAAUUAAUUUGUUCAAUUUUUUUCUGAUAUAGAAUCAUGGUGAACAGCAAUUUGGGGAUGCUUUUUGUGCUUUUAUGAUGAUUUUUUUUUUUUUUUCAGUCAAAUUUCCAAGCAGUAUUUAUAUCAAAUGUAAACCUGUACCAUUAAUAGUAAUAUUAUGGGUCAAAUAAAUAAAACAGAUUUUGCAGUACAAUACAGACCAUUAUAAAUCACGGCUACAUUUAUUGUAGUUUGCCAGUAUUGCAAGUACAGUUGUAAUUUUUUUUAAUAUUAGACUACAGAGAAUCUGCAGUACAGCUAUGGUCAAAGGUUUUGCAUCC